AUGGCGAGAAGUACUGCUUUACGGGACCAGCUUUUGGCUUGCUUGAUAUUUGGAAUAUUGUUGAAGUUUGGAGAAUCAACGAUCCACGAGGCUGGUCGAUGUGUCAUGUAUAAGGAGUGUACACCAGGCGAAUUGAACUGCAUUAACAAUACAUUAGCGGUGCAGCUAAGUGGGCCCGACCAUAAGACAUUCUUAGCCCAAGUCUGCCCUCACCUCGCAGACAGUGAGAGGGUUUGCUGCGAUCUAGAUCAGUUGAACACAUUGAAUGGAUACCUCGCUCAAGUUCUAGGAGUGUUCAAUCGUUGCCCGUCCUGCCAGGCCAACCUCAUAAGGUACCAGUGCGACCUGGCAUGUAGCCCGGACCAGAGUGUCUUUGUUGAGGUGGUUCCAGACUCACCAACCGCGACCGAAGUUACAAAAGUCCGACUUUAUGCGACCGAGGAGUGGGCAAACGGCACCCUAGACGCCUGCCGAGAUGUGUUCUUUCCUUCGGCUAACAGACCCGUCAUCGACAUCAACUGCAAUGGCUAUUCGGCUGAGCAAUGCCAACCCGAGAUAUGGCUGGACGCAAUGGGAAAUCCAGCCAACCGAUUCGCCAAAUUCACCACUGAUGUGGUGUUGACUUCUAAUGUGGAUAUACCAGGUAUGGAACCGUUGGAUUCAGUCGUAACAUCAUGUGCUGAGAAGGCCUCACCUGACUUACCAAGCUGUAGCUGUCAGGAUUGUCGUGCAGCCUGCCCGCCUGGAAUCCAGCCUACCAUCCCGCCGAUUGCAGAGCCUUUCAAGGUGGCAGGAAUCGACGGCUAUACCUUCGCCGUAGUCGUUGGCUUCAGCGGUUUCGCAGUGCUGUUUCUAGCCGGUGUCAUCGCCUACCACUGCAUGCGUGACUCAGACGAUCACCCCGAAAUGGAAGACGGGAAACGACCAUCCAAGAAACAACCACAGAUAACCGAAGACGACGUGAGUUGCUUCGAGAAAAUCGGGAAAGUCUACGAUGAUGCCGUCCGUAGUUUCUUCACCCAUCUCGGUACCUAUGUUGCUUACCAUCCCCUAGCUGUCUUGCUGAUUACCCUAGCCGUUGCUGUACCAUGUAGCAUUGGGUUUGCCUUCUCAACAGUGACCACCGACCCGGUGCAGCUAUGGUCCGGUCCCAACAGCAGAGCCCGCACUGAGAGGGUGUACUUUGAUGACAAGUUUGUUCCGUUCCAGAGGACAGAGCAGCUCAUCAUCACAGCCAACCAAGACAAGUACAAACCAACAAAGUAUACACCCUGGAACUCAGACGAACCUCUCACUUUUGGAUCAGUACUCAAUAUUAAAGUUCUUGAAAAGAUUCUCGAGGUCCAAAAAUACCUUCAAAAUAUGGAAGUUGAGCGCCCUUUAGAGGACGGAACCAGUGAGACUAUCUCCCUUGCCGAUAUCUGCUGGGUACCAGUUACCUUACUACCACCUCCUACAACAUGCGCGAUUACGAGUCCCGUACAAUACUGGCAGAGUAGUAAUAGGAGUCUACACCAAACAGCUACGUCAGACGAUGGCAGACCACAAGACUGGCAUGAUCAUUUCUUAUACUGUUUAUUGGUUUGUUUAUUACAUCUUUCCCUAGUCCAACAAAUAUUUUAUCACCCCUCCAUGUCGACACAAUCUGGAGAUACCAUCUUGUUUUCUCCUCCCAAUAGGAACCCACUAGCUCUAGCUGAUGGGACUAAUCUUGCCCUACCUCUCGGGUGUGUAUCAGAGUUUCUUGGCCCCAGCUAUCCCUUCAUUGUGCUUGGUGGAUUUAACGUCACCGAUGAAGGUAAGUUUCCUAUACGGUCGUCAUACAGGACGGUUGGUUUAACGGAUUUAUUCACAAGACCGACUUUAAAAAGAGCAACCCUUGAUCGAGACGAGUCCGGUGAGCCGUUGUACCACACUGCCGAAGCAGUCAUGGUCACCUUUGCCGUUAAUAAUUACCGUGAUGAUGAAGAGGAUCUUCAAUUCAAGAGAUCUCUAGCCUGGGAAUCAGCUGCCAUCGAAUACAUCGAGAAAUACUUGGAAGAAAAUGAUGACUUGGUUAUCAGAUAUAUGAUGGAGCGUUCCAUUGAAGAUGCCUUGAUUGAGAGCAGCGAGGCAGAUAUACUGACUAUCAUCAUCAGCUACUUGGUCAUCUUUGCUUACAUCGCGGUGGCUUUAGGAGAAUUCAGCAGUCUUAAACGCAUCCUGAUUGACUCUAAAGUGACUCUUGGUUUAGGAGGUAUCGUAGUGAUUCUACUCUCAGUCACUAUGUCUAUGGGUAUCUAUGGAUAUCUCGGUGUGGCUACAACACUUAUCAUCAUUGAGGUGGUGCCAUUCCUUAUGCUUGCUGUGGGUGCUGAUAAUAUCUUUAUUUUAGUCUUGGAAUAUCAGCGUGAUGUGAGACAGCCCGGAGAGUCAAGAGAGCAACAGAUUGGCCGAGUCUUGGGCAAGGUGGCUCCAGGAAUGCUUAUGUGUGGGCUGUCAGAAUCCAUUUCUUUCUUUCUAGGAGCUUUAACUGACGUACCAGCCGUGCAGACGUUUGCUCUGUGUGCUGGCCUGGCUGUCCUGAUUGACUUCCUUCUUCAAAUAACUGCCUUUGUAGCUCUCCUCUCUCUGGAUCUAGCAAGACAAGAAAGUGGCCGAGUUGAUGUAGUCUGCUGUACUCCUCCAUGUCCAUGCGGAAAGGGAAAUAUUGUUCGUCAUCCUGGAUUCAUUCAAAUCUUCUUCAAGAAAUUUUACUCUCAUCUCCUACUCAACAAAUGGGUCAAGCCAUUUGUGUUCCUUGGGUUUAUACUUUUGUUUUUGAUCUGUGGGUUACUAACUCUGAGGCUACCUGUUGGCUUAGAACAACGAAUCCCUGUACCUGAUAACCAUUAUCUGUUAGAUUAUUUUGACUAUGUGGAGAAAUAUCUCUCCGUUGGACCACCGGUAUAUUUUGUCGUCAAAUUCGGGGACAUGGAUGUUGCGAAUAAGGUAGAGCAUCAGAAUCUCCUAUGUGGCAGUGCAGGAUGUGAUAUGCAAUCAUUAUCUCAACAGGUCUUCCGAGCCUCUAACAUCAAAGAUUAUACUCGAAUAUCUACUCCCCCGACAUCUUGGAUCGAUGAUUACUUUGAUUGGCUAACUCCUAGCACAUUGGAAAACUCCUGCUGUAAAGUAUAUGAACAACAUCCAGAAGACUUCUGUAAUUUUGAUCCCUGGGAGACUUGUGAAACCUGUGUCCCACUAAGCCAGAAAGGAGAGCGUCCAGUUGGAGAAGUCUUUGAAAAGUUUCUUCCCGAAUUUAUCAAUCAUAAUCCAGGAAUAUCCUGCCCAAAAGGUGGAAGACCGUCUUACCAUGAUGCACUGCACUUCACAAAUGAUUCUCAAACACGAUUGGAUGCUUCGUAUUUCUUCUCCUUCCAUACCGUCUUGACCAAGUCUGAACAGUUCACUGCAGCCUGCAGAGAAUCUCGCGUUAUUGCUGCACAGGUCAAGGCAGACUUACAGAUGAAGAAUCCAGACCUUGGGGAUGACUUUGAUGUAUUCUCAUACAGCUUCUUCUAUGUUUACUACGAGCAGUACAUUGAUCUGGUUCAGAAGGCUAUAACUAAUAUCUCGAUAGCCCUAGUGCCAAUCUUCCUUGUCAGUUUCUUCAUGCUGGGCUUUGAUGUCAUCUCUGCUUUCUUCAUUUUGUUGAACAUCAUUAUGAUUGUUGUGGAUACACUUGGUUUCAUGUACCUGUGGGGUGUAGACUUCAAUGCUAUAUCUCUAGUCAAUCUAACAAUGGCUAUAGGUAUGUCAGUGGAGUUUGUGUCACACACAACCCGUACAUUCCGGAUGUGUACAAAACCAACGAGGAACGAAAGGGCAAAGUAUGCCCUCUACCAUACUGGAAGUGCCGUCCUGAGCGGAGUUGCUAUGACCAAUCUACCAGGUACCAUCGUCUUAGUCUUCGCUACAUCACAGCUGUUUGAGAUCUUCUACUUCAGGAUGUUCCUUAUCAUCACACUGCUCGGCACUGCACAUGGAAUCAUCUUCCUACCAGUCCUCCUCAGUUACUUUGGGCCAGGCAUAAAUAAGGCACAACUUCUGAUUGAGCAACAGGAAGAUAAGAAAGCCCUGCUUGCCAAUGGCCCCAAACAACACGAAGCCAAUGGCACUAACCCCAUCUAUGAAACAGGGCUAGGUAGCGGUGACGAGAUACCACCAGAUUAUGCUGAGGUUGUGACCUAUGAGGAGAUCGGAGUUAAAGUUAACUUGAAGAAGAAGAAGACAGCGAGCGAAGACAAAAGCAACGUGUCGGAAAAGGAGCAAGACACAUCCCCAGAAGAGACAACACAUAUGUAA